AUGGCCGUUGCAUUACCGAUGGAAUCCAAUCCGGAAGUCAUGAACAAGUACCUCCAGAAACUCGGAGUGUCUGAUAAAUGGAAGAUGGUGGAUGUUCUCGGCUUGGAGAAGGACGCCCUGCAGUGGGUACCGCGCCCCGUACUCGCUGUUCUCUUACUCUUUCCACUAUCAGACAACUACGAGGAGCACAGAAGUCGCGAGGAGUCUGAACUCAAAAGCAAGGGUCUGCAAGCUCCGAAAGACGUUUUCCACUUGAGGCAAGUACUUAGCAACGUCUGUGGCACGAUUGCUCUUGUGCACAGCGUGGCGAACAAUACGCAGACCAUUGAUAUAGAAGAUGGGCCGUUAAAGAAGUAUCUGACAGAUGCUGAGGGUCUCGACGCGGCUGCUAAGGGCGCGCUUCUAGAAAACUCCAGGGCGAUCCUCGACGCGUAUAGAGAUCUUGUAUCUGGUGGAAAUGAAGGAUCCGACGAUACAGAACCGAGCAAUCAUUUUGUGACAUUCGUUCAAAAGGACGGUAAGUUGUUCGAGCUCGAUGGGAGAAAGGCGUUUCCCAUAGAUCAUGGUGCUACCACAUCGGAAUCCUUUUUGGAGGAUGCUGCAAAUAUUUGUCGCGAGUUUAUCUCCCGUGAACCGGAUAACAUCGGCUUUAAUGUUAUUGCUCUUGUUGCUUCUUCUUAA